AUGAUAUGACUAUUUUUAUUCUUUCACUAAUUUCGUAGUAACUCCCAAAAUGGAACUGAAGAUUCUCUUCUGCGCGCGCGUGAGAAAACAAGAGAGCGGGAAGCGGGGAUGCGCAAGCAGAGUUGCGCAGUGGCAGUGUUAGACGGACAAGCGAGUGGAAGCGUGUGCAUAAACGAGGGAGAGUUAAUGCAUUGCUUUAUAAUUACAAUUAAAGACACUUCUAUUAUUCAGUACGUGGCACGCUACAGAGAGAACUAUUUUCCAACCCAAUACAACAUCUUUCAUCUUUGUUAUAUGCUAUUUAUAAUACAUUGCAGGCUAACCAAAAUUUAAUAGUCCAGUUUCUUACAAAAACAUAUUCGUGGUUGGUAAGACAGACAACAAUAAGAAAAGAAGUAAAUAUUGAAAAAUAUAUUACACGUAUCCCAUAAAAAAAAGUCAUGAAGUUAGAUGGCGCUUAGAUAAUGUCGAAAUUUUAAACGAAAUUUGACAUGGUCAUUUGACCGGUCGCGGUAGGUUUACCGUUGUUUCUAAAAUAUUUAACGAAACAUAUCCGCAAAAAUGUCAACGAUUUAUUCUGAAGAAACUUGCACAUAGUCACGUUGCAGCAAAGUAGAAAUAUUUCACGAAACGCUUGAAAUCACGCUUGCAACGUUCCCGGUGGCGUACGGGACGAUAAAGAGGGAGCUACGGGCGAGGAAGACGGAGACGGAGGAAAAAAGGCAUACCGAGAAACGUGUGGGUACGCUCGAAGAUGUCACAAUAGCAGUUGCACUGCGUGACAACGCGCCACGCGUCUUUUCCCUCCACCCACGCGCAAUCUCUCGGCCCCUGUCUUUCCCACCCCUCUCCCUCUCACGCGCGGCGCUCCGUCUCCGUCUCGCCCACUCGAGUAAAAAGCUUAACGGAGGCACGGAAAGCUCAGUCGCUCGCGGACCGCGCUCCACUGCGCAUCGUUCUCGCGCGAGUUCGACAUGUCAACUCCGGUCGUGUGAAUAAUCAGGAUUUAACCGAGAUCCGAUAGAACCUGUGGGUUAUCAACCAUGCUGUCUGUGGGCCUGCUGACGGCGUUGUACGCGAUCGUCGUCGUCGCCAAUCCUUUCCUCGACGCAGCGCAAGAGAUGUCCUGCUGUUCUUUGGCGGCCGGGUCUUGUCGCAGUCUCUGCUCCAAGAUCUCGUUGGUCGCGCUGGGCGCAGAAGCGGAGGCGAGGGAAAACGCGACACGACGGCUGAUGGAGUUCUGUUCCCUGGAGCUGACGGAAUUCUGGGCCUGCGCCAACUCUACUUUGAACGAGAUAAGGAAACAUGGGAAUUGGACAGGAAGGGGUUGCUGUUAUUUGGCGCUUAACCCUAUAUGUCGAUCCACGUGCGCUAUAUCAGGAUCCAGAAGACACCUGAGCGAGUCUUGUAGGCCAAGCGACGAGCCAGAAUUCUUCUCGUGCUUGGAGAGGCGAGCAGAAGCGGAACAUUGCUGCAACAAUGUGUCCAACGACACCUGCAGGUCCAUAUGCAGGGAUUUGUUCUACAAACCCGGGAAGAUCUCGAACCUGAAGAUGUACAGCAGCAAAGGUUGCUUCCAUCAGGUUCCAAAGUGCUUGAAAACUGUCGCCGAGGUGAAGCACGCAGAAGAUCCCAAACAACAUUUGCAUUGCUGCAACGAAGCUAUGACACCGGCAUGCCUGGAGACUUGCAAAAGGGUCCUCCACACUGCGACGACAGAGCAGGAGAUCAUGGAUGCUCUGUCGGAGAAGUGUAGACCAGUUUUGCCACAGACGCCGAUCUGGAGUUGUCUGUUGAAGUCAGGAUCCUCGAAACCAGCACGUUUGCCUCUGGACGCAGGCAAGCUGUCAUGCUGCACGAAGGCAACCAAACCGUCCUGCCAGAAUUUGUGCUGGAGAGCGUUCCAGGCCGAUUGGGAGUUCGCUUGGGUACAGCUUGAUGCGGAAUGUCUGUCUUCCAACAUGGAGGGAGAGUUGAGAAGGUGUCUCGAGGAUGCAGAGGACCCCUGCGAGAUGGGCUGCUCCGGACUCUCGUACUGCGCUCGAUUCAACGACAGAUCGACAACACUGUUUAGGACUUGUUCAGCAGCAGCUGACGAAGCAGCCAAAUGGGAAGCGGAUCACUGGUCCAGAGGAGGAAUCGUUCGAGGAUUGGGUGUGCCUGUCCGCGCUGCAGCUUCUUGCCCACCAGAGACGCUACGCGUAGCUGCUUGUCUGCUGCAGCUGAGACCUUGCGAGACCAGGAUCCACGAGACCAGACUCUGUCGUGAGGACUGUCUGGAGUUGAUGGCCAGCUGCGUGGACUGGUCCGCCAUCACAGGUCCUCAUACAGCCAGCACGCUGUGCGCGAAGUUGUCACCGGGUAGAUCGGACGCUCCAUGCGUCUCCUUAAGGCCAUUUCUGGAGGAUCCUCAGGAGAACGAGUCUGUACCCAUACGCCUCGAGGAGGACAUCAUGACACCCUGCAGAAGCAAUCCCUGCGCCCAGGGCGAGGUCUGCGAGCUGCUCCCCUACGGGCGUGAGAUCUACCGGUGCGUGCCAGGCUGUUCCCUGGGGGAAAUGUCGAAGCAGUUGGUACCGGUUGGAUCCUGGGUGCAGAUACCUAGGUUUGAUCAGCAGGGAUGUCUCAGGAUCUGUCAGUGCUCUCCGCGCGGUAUGGUGGGAUGCAAGACGCUGAACUGCUUCAAAUUUCACUCCUGCUGGGUGCACGAUCGCUUCAUCGCUCACAAGGCCAACUUCUACCUGGAAUGCAAUCCCUGUCACUGUUUCGAGGGUGAAUUCACGUGCGCUAAGAGGAGCUGCGGGGAAGUACGGGUUCCCUCGCUGCCCUGCGACUGUCCCGCCCACUACGUGCCUGUCUGCGGACGACUGGGCUUCACAUUCGCCUCAGGCUGUCUAGCGAAGUGCGCAGACCUGUCAGCGAACGAAGUGGAGUUUGGCAGCUGCUCUUCCCGCGACCCAUGCGCGUCCAAUACUUGCGACAGCACGGAGAAGUGCGUCCGGAAGACGAGAGUAUGCUUGUCGAGGCUCCACAAGCCCUGUCGCCAGUACGAAUGCGUUCCUCUGGACUGUGAUCCUCGCGAGGAGUCCGGCAGGCCGGUUUGCGACAGAGAGAACCGUCAGCAUCGCUCGGUGUGCGCCAUGAUCCGCGCUGGAGCCACGUUAGGCUACAGAGGGCGCUGCUUGGAGGGAUGUACCUUGAGGGGUCCUGUCUGCGGCGCGAACGGCGAAGUUUACGCGAACGAGUGCGCCGCCUGGGCGGAGAGGACCGUCGUCGAUUACUUUGGCCCUUGCGUCGCUGUCGGUUUGAUCGACGAGCAAGCCAAGUCUCGUUGCGGCGAUCUCGUGCAGUGCCCCCAGCUGAUAAAGCCCUACUGCGUCGCGGUGACACCGCCAGGUGCCUGUUGUCCGGUCUGCGCAGGCGCGGCGAAGCUGUUCUACUCCAAGAAACAGCUGGAUAGGAUAUACUACACGAUGGACGAGGAGGUGGACAAGGAUUCCGUCACGUUGGAGGCCCUGCUGACCGCUCUGGGGCGACAAAUCCAGGUGGCGCAGUGCGCGCUUCGCGGAAUGAUGACGCCUGACCGUGACGUGUUCAUCGUCGUUCAGCCCACGUCGAAGAGACCUUCCACUUUGCAGCUGCGCGCAUGCGUGACGGAGACUGAGAAGCUAGUUACCAGAAUUUUGGAGAGGAGCCCUAAGAUCGCGAUCGAGGUGCCCUUGGGAGCGCUCACGGGAGCGGAGAUUGCUCAUAGUUACGUAUCCAGUGCCAUCACGGUUGGAGGAUGUCUCGCGAAGGUCUUCCUUGCUACCCUUGUCCGUACACUUAUCUCGUGAGAACUGU